AUGUCCCUUCCUGCAACUUUCAAGCAAGCGGUGUUCCGCUCUGCUGGAUCGCCGCUCGUGAUUGAAGAGAGCCCCCUUACUCCUCCAGGCGACCGUCAGCUCCUUGUCAAGGUCGAGGCUUGUGGCGUUUGCUCGUCGGAUCGAUGGGCUCAGAAUAAUGUCAUGGGUGGAGGGUUUCCUAUCGUGCCGGGCCAUGAGAUCAUCGGCCGCGUCGCUGGCCUCGGAAACGGCGUCUCGAACUGGAAGGUUGGGGAUCGGGUUGGUGGAGGCUGGCAUGGAGGUCACGACGGUACCUGCAGAGCCUGUGAUAAGGGCUUUUUCCAGAUGUGCUCUUCCGGACAGGUGAAUGGGGAGACCAAGAACGGUGGCUACGCUGAAUAUUGUCUUCUCAACGUCGAAGCUGCGGUUCGGGUGCCCGAGCACGUCUCCGCCGCAAAAUACGCCCCUAUUCUCUGCGCUGGCGUUACCGUCUUCAACUCUCUCCGUCAUAUGAAUAUUAUGCCCGGGGAGAUCGUCGCUGUACAAGGGCUGGGCGGACUGGGUCAUCUGGCUAUUCAGUAUGCGCGGAAGAUGGGGUAUCGAGUUGUAGCCAUCUCGCGAGACUCGAAGAAGGAGAAGAUGGUCCGGGAGCUCGGCGCGCACGAGUAUAUUGACGAGAGUCAGGUGAAUGUGAGCGAGGAGUUGCAGCGGCUGGGUGGAGCCUCUUUGGUCAUGUCGACUGCCCCAAAUGCAGCGAUCAUCAGUCCUUUGCUGAAGGGGCUGGGAGUUCUGGGGAAGUUGUUGAUCUUGUCAGUGCCGGGUCCGGUGCCAGUGGACACCUCAAUCAUGGUCAAUAAAGGACUAUCGGUGCAGGUUUGGCCGUCAGGCCAUGCAACUGACAGCGAGGAUGCCAUUGCCUUCACCGAGUUGAAGGAUAUCAACUGCAUGGUGGAGGAGUUUGCGCUGGAUAAGGCCAAUGAGGCCUAUGAUGCCAUGGUGAAAGGAAAGGUCAGAUUCCGCGCGGUCUUGACGAUGGAGUAG